AGAACAGGGGGCGCUGCUGUGUGAUAAAUCGCUUUACUUCCGGGAUAAUGAUAGGAUGAGAUUGUAGCAUCGGCGUUGAACAAAAUCCCGUCCCAGGUCAGGGUGAUGGGGCCAGACGGUGCCCUGGGUCCAGCAGUGCCCUGGCGGAAGGUGCUGUGGGAAUGCCAGCCUUUCCCUGAUAACUAUGUAGACCAGCGGUUCUUGGAGGAGUUGCGCAGAAACGAGGGCAUCCGACAGUACCGCUACUGGGCUGUAGUGAAGGAAGCGGGCUUUGUAGGACAGCAGUUGUCCUGUGUGGCCAUUUUUAUCACCCUCUGGCUCUACAUGGAGCAGGGUCUGCUGUCUCCUGAGACGUUGUUGUGGUCCAGCCUCAUCUGUGCCCUGCUGGGUUAUGGACUCCAUCAAGCCCUGACGUCUCGGGUUGAAUCAUGCGGUGAACCCCGCACUCAUCUGGCUGAUUUACAGAGUGCAGCUAUUUUCCUUUCCUUCACCUUUGGCUUCUCGCCAGUUCUUAAGACACUAACAGAGUCUGUGAGUACGGACACAGUGUACGCCAUGUCUGCUUUGAUGCUGCUGGCCCAUUUGGUCUCGUUUCCUUAUGCGCAGCCAUCACCUCCCGGCAGCCUCUCUUUAAAUGCAGCUCUGUUUGCCUCAGUGUGCUUAGCCUCCAGGUUACCUGGGACUCUGCACACUUUCGCCAUGCUGAGCUGUGCCCUCCUGGUGUUUGCUCUGUGGCCCUGCCUGGUGCAGAAGUUGAGGGAGAACACCCCUAGCCAGUUUACUGGGGUGUGUGUGGGAGUUUGUAUUGGAGGGAUAGGAGGUCUGGGGUCUCAGUCGCUGGGCGGAGCUGUGCUCUUAACCCUGGCUUUAGCAAGUGUAACACUGCUCUGUCCUUUGCUGCUUGUGAGGCUGCAGAGGCAUAAGGACAACAUUCAUGGACCCUGGGAUGAGGCUGAGAUUCGUGAGGACCUGAGCCGUUUCCUUCAGUAAUAAACAGCCUAGCACAGGCAGCUUCUGAACAAACGGAUAUUAAAGGUGUAACCUAAUGAUGAAUUUUAUAUGAACCAAUUCACUGUCAUAGUCCUGGUUUGUUGGUGCUGUACAUUUAAAAGGACUAACGUUAACUCUUUUAUCACUAGUCUAUGUAUAUUGGAAAUUUAUGACAAAUUAUGAUUCUCUUGCAGGGAGUGUAUGAGUAUAAUAUCAUUUUAAUGUACAAGCUGCUACUGUUUUGUAAGUUACCUCAGAGUUUGUAUAGAUGGUAUCAACUAAUGUGCAAUGCUGACUUGUAUCAGUGGGCACACCGAUGCUGUGCACCAAUUUGAUGUUUUAAUAACCUGGUGGGAGGUGUUUGAGGAUGCUUAUGAAUUUCAAAUUUGUGUCUGAUCAAAUGAAGGCCUAUUGGCCUGAAUAUAAACAAGGGCUGUAAUUCCAGUUGCAAAUGAUUUGUAAGUAUUGGAAGAAUUUUAAGUGUGUAUUUUGUUAACAAGAUAUAGUAUUUCUUCCAUGUUAUUUAAUGUGAUACUACAAGAAGCUGUUUUUACCUGCUCCAAUCUGCAUUUUAAUAUAAGAUGUGGCCUCAGUUUUUAGAGCUACAAUGUCAUUUGUUCACAACCAGCCAAAUAUGAGGAGCUACCUGCUCUGGCGACCCCACAGCAGGUAGCUCCUCAUAUUUGGUUUGGCAAAUUUUUUACACCAGAUGCCCUUCUUGAUGCAACCCCAAAAGGAUUCGUGUCUCCUUCUAAGGGUCAAACUGGGGCAAGGGUGAAACUGAGCUUUCACUAAGCGAAUGUGUAAACCACUUACACUGUGGAGUCACACAAUAUACAUAAUUGUAAUUUCAUCAAUUUUGAAACUAUGGUACUGAGAAAAUUUGUUUGCAGCAUCUGUUUCCCCAGCAAACAAAAAACUUUUUACUUAUUCCUCAGUUGUUUACGAUGAUCAGCAGUGUGAUCAGACUUUCUGCCCUUCACUGUUAAGGUGUGUGUGAAUUUUUUAAAUUAUUUUUUAAAGGUAUAAUGGACUAUAUUCCCAAAGGUAUUCACUCAUCCAUCCAAGCCAUUGAAUUCAGGUGUUCCAAUCACUUCCGUGGCCACUGCUUCUACAAACAUUUGUGAAGGAAUAGAUUGUUCUCAGGAGUUUAGGAAAUUCCAGUGUGGUGCUGUGAUAGAAUGCCACCUGUGGAACAAGUCCAGUUGUGAAAUUUCCUUGCCACUAACAGUAAACUGUUAGUGGUAUGAUAAGAAAGUGUAAGUGAUUGGGAAUGACAGCAACUCAGCCAUGCAAAAUGACAGAGUGGGUUCAGCGGCUGCUGAGGUGCAAAGUGAGAAGACGUUGCCAACUUUCUGCAGAGUCAGUUGCUACAGACCUCCAAACUUCAUGUGGCCUUCAGAUUUGCUCAAGAACAGUAGACAGCUUCAUUGAAUGGGUUUGGCGGUUGCCAGAAGAACGAUUCUUAUCUGACGGCAUUGUGCCAAAUGUAAAGUUUGAUUGGGGGGGGUUCUGCAGUUGGACUCAGUCCCUUAGUUCCAAUGAAAAUAACUCUUAAUGCUUCAUCAUGCAAAGACAUUUUGGACAAUUUCACGGUCUCAACUUUGUGGGAACAGUUUGCACACCAGUACACAAAGCAAGGUCCAUAAAGACACGAAUGAGUGAGUUUGGUGUGGAAGAACAUGACUGGCCUGCACAGAGUCCUGACCUCAACCUGACAGAACCUUUGGGAUGAAUUAGAGCAAAGAUUGCGAGCCAGACCUUCUCGUCCAACAUCAGUAUCUGAACUCACAAAUGCUCGUCUGGAUUAAUGGUCAAAAAUUCCCAUAAACAGACUCCUAAACCUUGUGGAAAGCAUUCCUGGAAGAGUUGAAGCUGUUCUAGCUGCAAAUGUUGGACUGACAUAUUAAACCCUAUAGACCAGGGACCCUCAAAUCCAGGCCUCGAGGUCCAGUGUCCUGCAGCUUUUAGAUGUGUCCCUGAUCCAACACGCCUCAAUCAAAUGGCUGA